GCCUAUUCUCAGUGUGUUUGUCUCCUGGAAACCACCGGGUGGUGUGUGAGUUUACACCCGCAGUGUUUCACAUGCCUGUGUCUGCAGGUCCAUCUGUCACCACAUCAGUUGAUGAUCUGUGUUGCGUCUUCAAAGGAGCGACCACAAUGGUAGACGGCUGUCUGAUUAACAGAGCCAGCUCCUCUCCCAGCUGCUGAUUGGUCGAGGCUUUCUGCUUUCCUGACUCCUCCCGUUUCUUCCCCUCUUUUGAAGUCCGGAGCUUAUCUAGACCCGGGGAUUAGAAGAAUCCCUUUCGUACAUGCGUCUCCAGCCUGAGCUUACAGCAGAACCCGCUUAGGCUCCCUAGAGAGGAACUGACGGAACAGGAAGAUGGAAAGUUCAGCUGCAGAGUCCCGUGCUGAAAGGAUCGCUCGCUACAAAGCUGAAAGGAGGCGAGAGCUGGCAGAGCGCUAUGGAAACGGGGAGGAGGAGCUUCAGUCUAAUUGGUCAUUGAGGGAGAGUGAACGGCGCGGUGCACACCGUGACUCCACACGCUCUGACCGUCAACCACGUGGAAUUAACAGAGACGCGAAGGCACUUGGCAAAGCUCCGGCUGAGAAAGAGCUUAACGUCUCCAAUGGAUACAACGGGGAUGCUAAACCUGAGAAGACCAACCCGAACAGGCAGCGUGUUUUGGAUUCGUCCAACGUGUCGGCUGCGGAAAAUCAUCCUGACCCUGACAUGCCGCAGCUUCGCACUCGCGUAUCAGUGGGUGAACUGAAAAGGGCCCUGCUGCAGCAAAGCUCAGCUGCCUCUGAUAAAGUUGCUGAAGGUGGAGGCUCCAAUGCCGUCCCAGACCCAUCAGCGAAAGCAGGAUCUGAUGGCGGUCGCCGGCGUACUCGACGCUACGUGCCAGCAGGGGCUGCCACGAGCCGUAAAACCAGCGAGCGUUUCCGAACGCAGCCAGUCACGGCCUCCGAGAUGCAGGAGAGCUGCGGAGUCAUGGACAACACGGAUCAAGAAAGCUCAGCGGACGUGAAGACUGACGAGAGAGCCAUGAUGAGUGUCGCUGCCAAGAUGUCUCUGUUUAAGGAGCUGGAGAAGACUGCAGCUCCCGAGGCUUCCUCUUUCCUGAGGCCUCGUUCCAGCAGCAGCAGCUUCAAGGACUCUCGGGUUCGCAGAGCACCCACUCAGCCAGUCAGCUGUGAGGAAACGGGAGCGACAGUCAGUAGCUCUCAUGUUGCUGUGCCAGGCGAUGCCCAGACGGAACAGGCGGAGGCCGAGCAGGACGAGCAGGACGACGCAUGCUCCAAGCUCUCUCUGAGUGAGAAACUGGCACUCUUCAAUAAACUCUCUCAGCCACUCAUGCCUAGAGCUCCAGGGCGUCCUAUAGGGCCAGGAGAGAACAGCGGUUCUGUAGACGCCUCAGAGAGACGCAGGCAGAAGGGAGCUCGUUACCGCACGCAGCCCAUCACUGCAGACGAAGUCAACCUGGUGCAGAAAGACCCUGUCCUGCUUCCCUCUCUGCAUCUGCCCUCUGGCCUCUCUGAGCGGCAACAGUCUCUCUCUGUUAACCUCAAGCCCAGCGAAGUGUGUCUCUCCGGCUCGCAGUCCAGGCACGAACCCAAGACUGCUGUGCAAGUCAAGGGCAUCCUGAAGAAGACCAUCCCUGAAGAUGUUGAUGUUAAGGGAGGGGCCAAGUCCAACAGCAUCCCUACUGGACAAACGCCGGUGCAGAACGGACAGCGGAGGGAAGAGCUUUCACUUAUUACAGCAGGAGAAUAUUCUCCAGCUCCUAGGUCUACUGCCCCCUGGAGGCAAAGAACGAGGAAGGAUUCCAGCACUUCCUCUCAGAGAUCUCGCAGGCCUGCCUCCAUGACUGAAGACUGCCUGUCAACACCACUGAGUAAGAGAGACAGGUUGUCUGAAGUUCAGGGGGGUGCAGAAGAACAUGAGCAGAGGAAUGGGAUGAUGGGCAGCAUGCCACACCCCCAGGAUGAGAACAACAUUGCACACGAGCCUCCAGCUCAUAGUUGGGAGCCUGUCUAUUCCUCUGUUUACUCUCCUCCUAGCACUCCCUCUCAGUACAAGAUGUUUUUUAAUGAGAGAAGUCUGUCGUAUGAAGCUCAGGAGGUUUCCUCACCCACUCAAACACAACCACAGGCACCCUGUAGAGAUAAGGAGAACUCUGUGGAAUCUGAGGCUCCCAUGCAGGAGGAGGCUGAGUCACAAUCAAAGAGUUUUGAUGAACCACAGGAAGCCCAGCAGCCUGUUGCCAUGGAGAGAGCCAAAGAGGUCACGACCUCUGACACCCCCUCAUUGCCUGAGUGUCUGAGCAGUCCAGCAGACAAAGAGCAGGACCUGAGCACUGUCUGUCAGUCGAAUACUCCCAUAUUGAGCUCCGCAGUAGCAGAGCAUCGUCGUUCGGUCCGACCGUCCCGCCGUACGCAGAGUUCGAGGAAUCCGUUGCGUGUUCUCGCAGCCCGAAACGACAUCGUGCAGGACUUCAUGCAGGCCCACGACGACCCAGAGGCCAUGGAAACCAAUAAGGCUGAACAGAACCACAGCUCUGCUAACACUUCCUCUGCCAAGACUGUCCCGAGUACUGUACCCUACAGGAACCUGAUGCUAAUCCUUGUAAAAGGUUGUAGACGAGUGCAGGUACGCUUGGUGGAGCCGGUGGCUCGCUCACUGAACAGCGGGGACUGCUUCCUGCUGGUCACUCCAUCACUGUGCUUCCUCUGGACAGGGCAGCUGUCCAACACCUGCGAGAGAGAGAAGGCCUCUGCCAUGGCCUCACUGGUCGUGUCCCAGCGGGAUCUCGGUUGCCAGGCAACAGAGUUCAUUCACCUGGAUGAGGGAUUAAACACCGACGACCCACGGGCUGCAGACUUUUGGAAACUUUUGGGAGGAAAAGACUCUUACAGUGGCUGUUCAGAUGACGAUCAGCAGUAUGAGACGGCGAUUACAGAAUCGAACUGCGUGUACAAUCUACAGGGAGACAGACUCCUCCCACAUGAGCAGGGUUGGGCCUCUAUGCCACGCCUCUCUCUGCUGGACUCCUCCCAGAGCCUGCUGUUCGACUUUGGCAGUGAGCUCUACUUGUGGCACGGGAAAGAUGUUUCCCCCAGUGACAGGAAGCUGGCGUUGCAUUUGGCUCAGCAGGUGUGGAGCGGAGAUUACGACUACAGCAACUGCAGUACGAAUCCCCUCGACCCCUUCGGACGCAACACCCAGAUUCAGAGGAAGGGUGUAGGUCGGCCAGACUGGGCUCUCUUUGGCCGUGUGUUUGAGCAGAACGAGACCGUUCUCUUCUGGAUGAAGUUUGCGGAUUGGUGUAAAAAGGUGGAGGAUGUGACCCUUAACGGACAGGAAGUCGAGCAGACUUCUUCUCUCGUAGACUGUCCUGCUGACACAUGGUCAUGUGAUGCCAAAGCCCUGUUUGCUGGAAAGUGCGUGUCAGGGGCGGAGCCUAUCAUUCUACACGGUGUGGACGUGCAGAGAGGGCGAGACUCGGUUACCGUUGGCGACGGCCAGCAGGCAAAGCUCAGCACCGUUUCUGUAGAAAGUUGGCACACUGGCUUGGGAGAAGAUUGCAGAGUGGCUUCAGAGAGCAUGGGGCAGUUACAUGAGGACAACACGUACGCUAUACGCUGGACGUACCGUCUCAGUGCUACGGGCAUCCCUGAGGAUCAAAGUUUGGACCAGGAAAGCUCCGCCCUUUUCAUCUGGCAGGGACGGCUCUCGCAGAUCAACGCACCAGACCUGUCCCUACCGUUAUCCUUUGCGAAUGAGCCUCGGGUGAACGUAAAGGAAGGGGAGGAGCCACCGUGUUUUCUGCAGCUUUUCCAAGGAGGGCUGGUUAUUCGCAGACGACACAGCAAAAACGCAGGUGACUGGCGCCUCUUUUGUGUGAGGGGUGCUGUGCCUUUAGAAGCCAGUCUGUUCGAGGUGGAGUGCUGUACCUCCAGCCUGCGUUCUCGCGGUUCUGUGCUUCUGAUAAACAUCCAGCAGGCGGCGCUUUACCUGUGGCAUGGCUGCAAGGCCCACGCUAAUGCACGUCAAGUCGCCAAACACACCGUCCAGCAGCUCACACACACGCGUCCUCCCGAGAUGGGAUUGAGCAACAGCAGUCUGAACAUUCUGGACGUAGAAGAAGGGGCGGAGCCUGCAGAGUUCUGGAACGCUAUUGGGCCGCCGGAUAGGAAGGCUUAUGACUGCAUGCUGCAAGAUCCUGGCAAGUACAACUUCACUCCCCGCCUCUUUCACCUGAAUGUCCAAUCGGGAAUGUUCAAAGGGGAGGAGCUGUUAUGCGCAUCCAGGGCACCUGGGGUUGUCACAGCGAUGCCCUUUUUUCAGGACUGCUUAUACUCCGUGCCACAGCCAGCUCUGUUCCUGCUGGAUAACUUUUUAGAAGUUUAUCUAUGGCAGAGCAGCUCAACCCAGAACUCACAGCGCCCCCACUGGGACACACAGAGGAAAUGUGCCAUGGAGACUGCGCUUCAGUAUUGCAGAGAGAGAAACCCCAGACGGCCUCCUAUGGCUUAUUUUCUCGAGGAAGGAGCCGAGCCUCUCACCUUCACUAAUGUUUUCCCAUCCUGGGAGAGACGAGUAACACAGGUGCCCUCAGUGCAGAACAAGCUAACGUUAGUGCAGGAUGCAUUGGCUCUCCUCAACAGGACUCAGUUCUCUGUGCAGGAUCUACUAAAAAGACCUUUACCAGACGGAGUGAACCCUCUGCACCUGGAGACCUAUCUGUCUGACCAUGACUUCCAGGUGGUUUUAGGAAUGAAGAGGAAAGACUACAACUCCUUGCCAGAGCUGCAGCAGUUAAACCUGAAAAAGAGCAAAGGCCUGUACUGAAUCUGCAUUUGAAAGACUACUGACCCAGAACUACUGAAGCAGUUUCAAUUUCUAUGUAUUUUUUGUUGUUGUUUUUGAAAUAUUCCUAUUUUCUUGUAAUGCCACCCCUUUUUCCAUGUACAGUUUAAAACCUAAUGACUAUGUAAGAGUGAGUAUGUGCGUGUGUGUGUGUGUCUUUUGAGUGUGGUCAAUUUUGUGCCUUACAGAAAUUCAUCCACUGAUUUUAGCCAAAAGUCCAGGGGGAUAUGGAGGACUGCCUGCUUAUACUCACUCAACGGGUUUCAAUUUCUUCUCUCUUACCAGCCAAAGCUGUUCUGUUUUCUUUCUCCUUCCUUUCACUUUCUCCUUCUCCACUUUCUACCAUCUUUUCCUCAUCUCCAUCACUAAUGGAGAUGUGAAUGUAGGGGGGAUGUGAGUUUAAAAACAAAUAAAUAAAUCUCUAGUUGUUUUACUGACCAGGAAUUAAAUCUGCUAUUUCUUAUCAGCUAUAAGAACACAAAUAAACUGGAAUGAAAUGUU